AUGUACAUCUGGAUUUGCGUUCGCACCCAGGAGGGACUUCCUUACUUGAGACACCAACAUCUACAGUCUCGUCUAAUCCACUUUGGUGCCUUCAUCUACGGAACUCAACUAAAGCCAGUGAAGAUGCCCUCCUUCACAGAGCCUGAGCAUCAGUCGCAAAGUCUGCCCUUCGAGAAGCCGACGCCACGUCCACCCAGGUCGCCAACAGUAGCCAAGAAUAUCCGGUCUCGAAACCGUCGUCGAGAGUAUCUAGAGAGACAUCCAAAGUACUUUUCUGACGCUGAACACGAGCUGGCAGACCCCCUACUAUAUGACAGCUUGGUUCGCAAAUUCCAGACACCAGCCGAGCGUGAGGUCGAAGGCAAGGCCAAGGGCUACUCUGGAGUUCUAGAGAGCUCCCUGCUCAGGGGCGAGGCUCGUCUUGCCGACUUGAAAUCAUCAACUGAUGACACUACAACGUCGGAGCCCGCGAGAGAUUUCACAACUGAAGCCGAUCUUUCCAAAACAAAGACAAAGGAAGAGGGCCUUCAGAGAUGGCAUGAGUUUCUCACGGAACGUUUUGUCCGAGGCCACGACGAGGAUUUCGAUUACAGUCUGAUCGACGACAACGAAGACUACGACGUCAUGGAGAGACGUGAUGCCGAGGAAGCCUGGUUCGAUGAAGAGGAUCCCGAGACUUCUGAACAGCUGCUGCGCGGCUGGUUGAGCCGAACCAGCACUGUCAGCUGUCUGCGCAUCAAAGAAAAGACCAAGAGAAGACUGGAACACAUGAUGGCGAGCCAAAGCGCAGUCAUCAUUGGCGUCGGGCGUGAGAGGGAGAACAAUAUCGAUGAUCAAGCUUUGGACCCAAAGAGGACGUACCUUCAUGUCCUCACUUCAGGCUUCCAGACUUUUCCAUCCCACGAUGCUGAGCAACCCGUUCGGCCUCCACGAACCUUGCUGACGCCGUGGAGGAAGUUCAUUGAGCCACCUUUGGCUCAGUGGUGCAAGCGACGGCGUAUCGUAGCCAUGGAGUCACAAAGACUACCAAUAAGCUACCGACGGGGUUCGAAUCCUACGCUGCCUUGUGAUUUCGGCGGUAAAGCUUGGGUAGCGCGGGGUCUCAUCCUGAAAGGGGCGAGAUUGAGCUCGAAAUCAAAAUACGAUAGAAAUCAGGUUGGACGCUCAAAAGAAGUGCCUUACGCCGUCAAUAUGACUUCACCAGGACCAGCAUGGCACACAAGAGAUUGGUUUUGCAUCUCCCAAGAAAGUCCACGGUUCAGUCCUCCAACUCGUGGUGCGGGUGGGGGGUGUGCCCAGGAUGGGGUAAACCGGGAAAAUGCGCUGGGUAAAUUCAAAGGCCGCUGGCUAGUCGUCCCGUGUUCCACUCUACCGGGCCAACAUCACCACUUUCACAUUCAUCCAGACGCCUGA